CCAGAAAUUUCCUGUGUUGUAGGUGAAGCUUAGUUUAAAUUUAGGGCGUGAAUAGCGGCUCUUCUGCAAACCAAGGAACUUCAUUUGGCCGUUUUCUUCAUCAGCUGCUUCUCUCCGAUCAUCGUCUUCGAACAAGCUUCUCAAAAGAGCCAUGGACUUUGUUCUGAAUAAGAUAGAUAAACACUUGGACAAUCAUAGAAGCCUUGAUCAACAUCGGAAGGACCUUAAAAGGAAAUUGGAGGAAUUGAAUGGUUUGAAGGAAGACACAGAAUCUAUAAUGAGAUCAGAGCUGCAGCCGAGAAAGAAACUCAAGGCGGAAGUCCAGAUAUGGUUGAAAAAUGUUGAAAGAGUCAAUGGCGAAGUGCAAGACCUUGAUGGAAGAAUCGGCGAAAGUACUGCUCUUACACGUGGACGUCACACAGAAGAUGUGUCAAAGAGUAUUACGGAAGUUGAAGAACUUAUUAUUCAACAUGGUAAGUUUCAUGGAGGUUUGGUGGUUGACAAUCCUCAAUGGAUAGGACAAGUUUUAUUGACAACAAGUUUAUCAGGUGAAGCUGUAAAGGCAUGUAUUGAAGAGAUCUGGCAUUGCUUGAUGGAUGAUAAGGUUCCAAAGAUUGGAGUUUGGGGCAUGGGUGGCGUGGGGAAAACAAGCAUCAUGAAGGUUAUAAACAACCAACUCUUAAAAGAGACAGGGAAAUUUGAUAUUGUGAUUUGGAUCACUGUAUCCAAAGAGAUGAAUGUUGCUAAACUGCAGAAAGACAUUGCUAGUAAAAUUGGAGUAGAAUUUUCUGGUGAUGAAGAUGAAACUACAAGGGCAGGGAGGCUCUUUGGAACAUUUUCUCAGAAGAGUAGGUUUGUGAUGAUCUUGGAUGACCUAUGGGAGAAGGUUCCACUUGAGAGAAUAGGAAUUCCUGACCCGUCGAAUGGGAGUAAAUUAGUGUUGACAACAAGAUCAGCUGAUGUGUGUCGACAAGUGGGUUGUAGAAUGAUUAAAGUGAAGCCUCUGACGGAAGAAGAGGCAUGGAAGUUGUUCUUAGAGAAGGCGGGCUGUGAUAUUCGAGGGGUGGAACCAAUUGCAAGAUCAGUUUCUAAGCAUUGUGCAGGUUUGCCCUUGGGAGUAAUUACUAUAGCUUCUUGUAUGAAGGGCAUUGAUGACAUUUCAGAAUGGAGGAAUGCACUAAAAGAAUUAAGUCUACGCAAAAAGAGUGUUAAUGGAUUCGAAGAUAAAGUGUUCCAAGAAUUACAAUUUAGUUAUGAUCGUUUAAAGAAUCCAGAACUUCAAGACUGUUUCCUCAGUUGUGCAUUAUAUCCGGAAGAUUGGGAAAUUGAAGAACGAAGUCUUAUUCAACUUUGGAUCGCAGAAGGGCUUGUGGAAGAAAUGGAUAGCAUGCGGGCAGAGUUUGACAAGGGUCGUGCAAUAAUGAAUAGGCUCAUCAGCAAUUGCUUGUUGGAAGUUUUUACUGAAGAACAUGCAAGAACUGUAAAGAUGCAUGAUCUUCUAAGGGACAUGGCAUUGCGUAUUGCAAAAUCUCGAUUCUUGGUAAAAGCCGGCACGAUGCUAGAAAAGGCACCAGAUGUGCAAGAAUGGAGCAUGAAUCUAGAGAAAGUUUCGUUGAUGAGGAAUCGGUGGUUAUAUAUACCUUUAAAAAUGUCACCCCCAAAGUGUCCCAAGCUCACAACAUUGCUGUUGUCUCAUUGCUAUAUGGUGAGUAUUCCAGAAGGAUUUUUCAAGCAUAUGGAUGCACUUAAGAUUCUUGAUCUUUCCUGGAAUCCUAUCAAGAGUCUUCCGCAUUCCUUAUCAAAUUUGAAGAACCUCACUUCAUUGUUGCUUGCAUAUUGUGAACAUUUAGGGAAUGUUCCAUCGUUGUCAAAUCUUGGAUUUUUAAAGAAGUUGGAUCUUAGAGGAACAAAGAUCAAGGAAAUCCCGAAUGGAGUACUUUCAAGACUCUGUUGUCUUCAAGAAUUGAUCGUCGGUGAAACUCUGAUAAAUGGAAAGGAGGUGGGUGGAUUGAAGAAACUGCAGGGAACUCUUGAAGGGAGGUUUUAUGACUGGCACAACUUAAAUAUGUAUCUCGAAGCUUGUCGUGGCCGAGAAGAGCCUCGUCAAUACAUAAUCUACGUGGGAGAUGUAAACUUUCAUACGUUUCUUGAAAAUGAAGGAAAAGAAAUUGUUGCAAGGGGUUGUAACAUCUAUAACUACCAGAUUGUGCUUCCACGUGACAUUGAGGAAUUGCGUAUCUGGUUUUGCAAUGUUGAUUGCAGUGAAGAAUACCCGCUUUUCUCCAGGUUUAUCCUCUUCUCAAUUGGCUCCUUUUCAUCUCUUAGAUAUCUUGAAAUAAAUGGUUGCAGAAAUAUGAAAAAGUUGUUCUCCCCAAACUGUGUGCCGCCAAAUUUACAAAGGGUUACAGUUGUUGGGUGUAAGCAAUUGGAGGAAAUAAUAACAUCAGAAGUUGAACCGGAGGAAAGAGGAAUGGUUAUCACGGAGUUUCAUCUUCCACAAUUACGGCUAUUGAGUUUGGGGGAUCUACCGGAAUUGAAGAGCAUUUGCAGUGCUGGUGGAGUACUGGUUUGCGAUUCUCUUGACGAAAUUGGGAUUUUAGACUGUCCAAAAUUAAAGAGGAUGGGUCUUAAUCUUCCCAAACUUGAUAAUGUCCCACCAUCUGCAUCUGCAAAUUUCUAUCUUUCAGUUCGGAUAAGACCAAAGGAGUGGUGGGAAUCAUUGGAAUGGGAUGGUCCCCAACCCAAGUCUCUUUUCGACCCCUUCGUGAGAUUUUGGUAAAAGGUAAUGGGAGGAUGAAACGGAGCAGUUGAGUUUGUA